GCUUGUUUGACUACGUAGUUGUAAUAGCUGGGUUUAGUGUGCGGCAUUUCUGAGUUGUCAAAUUACUUUCGAGCAGCGUGCGACGAUGUGCUCAGUGCCUAAGGCUGUAAACGUCCACAGUACCAAUCAGAUGACGGAAAAUUUGAGCAGAAGUGAAAUACUUCAGUGGGUUAACCACUCUUUAAAUGCAAUUACGAGAGAAUUGAAGACCUUUGCACAGGCGCAGCCUAUUGCCAACUAGUUGAUAUGCUAUUCCCAGGCACACUUGAUUUCAAAAAAAUCAAGUUUAAUGCGCAAACAGAAUACGAAAGUACCAGGAAUUUCAAAGUUCUACAGUCUCUGUUUAGAAAACACGGUGUAGAUAAAGAAUUUCCAAUCGAAAAGUUAGUGAAGGGACAAAGCCAGGAAAGCUUUGAGUUCCUGCAGUGGUUUAAACGAAUGUUCGACGCGAACUAUGAUGGCCACCCGUAUGAUGCCUCCUCAGCUAGAGGAGGACAGAAAAUCCUCGGUAGCGGGAAACCGAACCAGCCACAGCCCAAUCCAACAGCCAGUCGAAGACGAGGUUGGUCAAUAUUUCCAACUCGAUAACUCUACUAUAGCUGAAAAUCACGAGCAAGAAGAGAAUUAACCUUUGGUUCAAUUGCAACAACCUGUCAGAUUUGUGAAUGUUUUAAGGAGUGUCUUUCUCAAUCUCAUCGAAAAAACCACUACGCAUUUUUGAUGUUAUUGUAACUCAAGAUUAUUUACAUAUUUUCAUAUACUAACUUCCUGUUUAUUUUGUUAUUUUAUUAUUUCCACAUACAAACAAUAAAUUUAUCAACUGAACA